AUGGAAAUCGAAGCAGCGGCUGCUGACUCCGGUGCCAGCGAGCUGGAGGUGGUGGUGUUCCCAUGGCUGGCGUUCGGGCACAUGAUUCCGUACCUGGAGCUCUCCAAGCGCCUGGCUGCGAGGGGCAACGCCGUGAGCUUUGUCUCCACGCCACGGAACCUCGCCAGGCUCCCGCCCGUGCCGGUGCAGCUGUCCGCCCACCUCCGUUUCGUGCCACUGCCGCUGCCGGCCAUGGAGGGCCUGCCGGAGGGCGCGGAGUCUACGGCCGACGUGCUGCCCGACAAGAUGGGCCUCCUCAAGAAGGCCAUGGACGGCCUUGCCGAACCGUUCGCGGCUUUCCUCGCGGACGCCGUCGCCGCCGGGAGGAGGCCGGACUGGAUCAUCCUCGACUUCUGCCACCACUGGGUGCUACUGCUACCCAUCGCCGACCAGCACAAGGUACCGUGUGCGCUGUUCCAAAUCCUCCAUGCUGCCAUUGCUGCCUUUUUGGGGCCGCAGUGGGCGAACGCCGCGCAUCCGCGCAUGGAGCCGGAGGAUUUCACCGUGCCGCCCAAGUGGAUCCCCUUCCCGUGCACCACCUUCUUCCUCCGCCACGAGGCUCAGUGGGUUGCCAGCGCCUUCCACGCCAACGCAUCUGGAGUGUCCGACAUGGACCGUCUCUGGCACAUCUGGGAGCGUUGUCGCCUCACCAUCCACCGCAGCUGUGAAGAACUGGAGCCCCAGAUGUUCAGCCUCCUCUCCGACCUCUUCCGAAGACCCGCCAUCCCUGCCGGGAUCCUGCUACCGGCAGUGCCCGACGACCAUGAUGAAGACCACAUAAACAGCCGCUCAGGCUGUGUCAGCCGUCCCAAGGUCCUACGAUGGCUCGACGACCAGCCCCCCAACUCUGUCAUCUACGUCGCGCUUGGGAGCGAGGCACCACUGACGCUACAGAACAUCCAUGAACUCGCGCUCGGGCUAGAGCUCGCCGGUGUGCGCUUCCAUUGGGCUCUACGGAAGCCGGCCGGCACCAGCACCGGCAACGACGACGAGCUGUUGCCAGCCGGGUUCGAGGAGCGAACCCGGCUGCGCGGGCUGGUCUGCACAGGGUGGGUGCCGCAGGUGAAGGCGCUCGCGCACGGCGCCACGGGUGCAUUCCUGACGGACUGCGGGUGGGGCUCCACCAUUGAGAGCUUCGCCUUCGGGCUCCCGUUGGUGAUGCUCCCAUUCAUUAUUGACACGCCCAUGAUUGCACGGGCGAUGGCGAAGAGAGGGAUAGGUGUGGAGGUGGCGAGGGACGACAGCGAUGGCUCGUUCGAGAGGGACGGCCUCGCAGUGGCCGUGCGACGUGUCAUGGUGGAGGAUGAAGGAAAGCUGUUUGCAACCAACGCCAAGAAGCUGAAGGAGCUUGUCGUGGACGAGGGGCGUCAGGAACAGUACAUCCACGAGCUCGAGGACCAUCUGAGGCGCAACAAAGACGUGUAA